CUCUCAGACUUGGACUACAAGAACCUCAAGAUGUUCGAUGUUCUGAUCCACAGCAACAUUUCCAGCUCAACAUACAACAUCAUUCAGUCACACUUUGAAGAACUUCAACUGAAAUCACUGUAUCAACUUCACUUGAACAUGUCAAGGCUCUCUCUGUCCCUGACACUCUCUCACAUCAUAGAGUACUCAUAUGACUGUUGCAUCAACAGUUGUUGCUGUUUUUCAUCUGAACUUCCCAACCUUCAUGCUUGUCCACACUGCAGUCAACCACGCUUCAGACCAAAUACCUGUGUUCCCCUCAACACUUUCCAUUAUCUCCCAAUAGGGCCUUGCCUCAAGGCCCUUUAUCUGAACUGA